AUGCUGUCUAUAACUCUCCUUACUGGAUGCCUUUUGGCAGUCUCCCCAGCGAUUGCUCAAACAAUCCCUUCCCUCGCUGUACCAGAAGUCGGAACCUCCGCGUACGAAUUCGAUCUAAGCCAGGUCUCACUGAGCAAUAGUCGAUGGAAAGACAACGAGAACAGGACACUCAACUAUCUCAAGGCUGUAAAUGUUGAUCGACUACUGUAUAACUUCAGAGCGACACAUAAGUUGUCGACCAACGGUGCGCAGCCGAACGGAGGAUGGGACGCCCCCAACUUCCCUUUCCGCUCGCACGCCCAAGGGCACUACCUUACCGCUUGGGUUCAUUGCUACGCAACUUUACGUGACAACGAGUGCAAGAACCGCGCUAGCUACUUCGUACAAGAACUAGCCAAAUGCCAGGCCAAUAAUGGUGCCGCUCAAUUCAGCACUGGGUAUCUAUCAGGCUUCCCAGAAUCAGAAUUCGUAGCGCUGGAGGCGGGCCAGUUGAAGGGUGGAAACGUCCCGUACUAUGCAGUACAUAAGACAAUGGCUGGUCUGCUCGAUGCCUGGAGGAUCAUCGGCGACACCAAAGCUCGCGAUGUCUUGCUGGCGCUUGCUGGCUGGGUCGAUGGACGCACCAAGAAAUUGAGCUCGUCUCAGAUGCAGACCAUGCUCGGGACGGAAUUUGGAGGCAUGAACGAUGUCCUGGCAGCCAUCUAUCAACUUACUGGAAACCAGCAGUGGCUCACUGUUGCCCAGCGCUUCGACCAUGCAAGCCAAUUCGAUCCUCUUGCAAACAAUCAAGAUCGCCUAAGCGGUAACCAUGCCAACACUCAAGUCCCUAAAUGGAUCGGUGCAGCCCGGGAAUACAAGUCUACUGGCACUAAACGCUAUCUUGACAUCGCGAAGAACGCUUGGGACUUCACCAUCAACGCUCACACAUAUGCCAUUGGCGGUAACAGCCAGGCCGAGCACUUCCGACCGCCGAACCAGAUCUCGAACUUCCUCACAAACGAUACAGCUGAGCAAUGCAACACAUACAACAUGCUGAAGCUUACAAGAGAUCUAUGGACUACAGACCCGUCAAGCACGAAGUACUUUGACUACUACGAGCGCGCAUUGAUCAAUCAUCUUCUUGGCGCACAGAACCCGACAGACAACCAUGGCCACAUCACUUACUUCACCCCGCUCAAGUCUGGUGGACGCCGCGGCAUCGGACCAGCAUGGGGCGGCGGCACCUGGAGUACCGACUACAACUCCUUCUGGUGUUGUCAGGGAACGGCAUUGGAGACCAAUACCAAGUUGAUGGACUCGAUCUACUUCUACGACAGCUCCGCACUCUAUGUGAACCUUUUUACACCUUCUACUUUAGACUGGAAGCAGCGCAGUGUCAAGAUCUCACAAGUGACCACAUUCCCUGCCAGCGACACAACCACGUUGACAGUCACCGGCACUGGCAACUGGGCGAUGAAGAUUCGCAUUCCGUCCUGGACUUCAGGCGCGACUAUCAGCAUCAACAGACAAGCGUCAGGGGUUGCCGCCAACCCUGGGAGCUAUGCUACGCUGUCUCGCGACUGGAAGUCUGGCGAUAUCGUCACUGUCAAGCUGCCGAUGAAGCUACGCACAGUGGCUGCGAACGACAACGCUAACAUCGCAGCUGUCGCGUUUGGUCCAGUUAUCUUAAGCGGCAACUAUGGGCAGCAAGCUCUCAACUCGAUGCCUUCUCUGGCACUGAACACUGUGCGUCGCACAAGCACCGACAGCCUCGCAUUCACGGCGACAGCAAAUGGCCAGGCUGUAAAUCUUGGUCCAUUUUACGACGCGCAUAACAUCAACUACAAUGUCUACUGGACUACCAGUGGAUCGUUCUCCAACUAG